UGGUUUUUAUUCUUUUCGGCGAAACAUGAUUUUUCGAAAUUUCUUCUUCUAAUCUUUCAAUCUCGACGACGUUUUUUCCUUUUCGAGUGGCUGUGUACUAUCUUAUACUUCUUCUUCAUCUUCUUCAAUCAUCUGUUUGUUUAUCUGUUGAUAUUCAUUUUUCCAGUUAUCGCUUUUUCAUUUAAUAAUUUUUCUUCUUGGGUUUCUCAAAAUUUGUCGUUAAUCGAUGAAUUUUAUGUUUUUCACCAUCACCCAUCUCCGGAAUUCACGAAAUUCCACGGCUUUCCCGUGAAUUUUCUGGUGGAAAUUCAUAAAUUGCUUCUAAAAGUUCACAAAUUGAUUGGAGAAAAUUAGGGUUAGACUCACGAGCUUCCUCGAUUUCACACACAAUGAGUCAUCGGCGAGAUUCCGGCGGAGAUGUAGUACACGUGAUACCCACGAACAAUCCUCCGCCGGAGAAUUGGUUCCCGAAUCUCGGCGAUAGCGCCGUAUGGGCAACGGAAGAUGACUACAAUCGCGUCUGGGCUGUGAAUCCCGAUAACUCUUCCGGCGAUAACGGUCCUCCGAACAAGAAAUCGAGAGGCUCCCCGUCGCCUUCGUCCGCCACUACUUCCGCCUCCGCCGCGAGCAACCGGACCAAAGCGAUCGGGAAAAUGUUCUUCAAGACGAAGCUAUGCUGCAAGUUCCGAGUCGGGACUUGUCCGUACAUCACGAACUGCAACUUCGCUCACACCGUGGAGGAGCUUCGCCGUCCGCCGCCGAAUUGGCAGGAGAUCGUGGCGGCUCACGAGGAGGAGAGAUCCGGUACGGGAACGCCUACUACGGUUGCUGCGGCUGAGCCUCGGGAAGAGUUUCAGAUCCCGUCUUUGGUGUCGUCGACGGCUGAGAGUGGGAGAUCUUUUAAAGGAAGACAUUGCAAGAAGUUUUACACUGAAGAAGGAUGUCCUUAUGGAGAAAGCUGUACGUUUCUGCACGAUGAGGCUUCGAGGAAUAGAGAAAGCGUUGCGAUUAGUUUAGGCCCUGGUGGCUACGGUGGUGGUGUUGGUGGUGGAAUUGGAGGUGGCGGUGGUUCUGGUGGUGGUAGCAACGUAGUAGUGCUUGGUGGUGGUGGAAAUGGAAGUGGAAAUGGAAAUGGAAGUGGAAUUCAUGUUGUGAAGCCUUCAAAUUGGAAGACAAGGAUUUGUAAUAAGUGGGAGAUUACUGGGUAUUGUCCGUUUGGUGCUAAGUGUCAUUUUGCUCAUGGAGCUGCAGAGUUGCAUAGAUUUGGUGGUGGACUCGUAGAAGAAGAAGGCAAAGACGGAGUAUCUCCCAAUCCGGACGUAAAGCAAACAGGACCGAGCACGAAAGUACAGUCAGAGACAACAACACUUGUAUCUCCGGGAGUUUCUCAUCAUGCAGACGCUGUUUACAACAGUGGAGUCGCAUUGCAACGAGCUUCUAGUGCGGUUACGCAGAAGCCAGGGAUCAGAACUCAUCAGAAAUGGAAAGGACCGGCCAAAAUCAGUCGGAUAUAUGGUGAUUGGAUCGACGACAUUGAAUAAUUUAUCCCUUUUUUUCUUCUUACAGAUCGGGUAGAUAACUGGUUUGAAAAUUACAAUCUCUUUUUUCCGAGUUUAAACAAUCCAGUGAUGAUGGUACAGUUUGUUUGUAGAGCUUUGUUGUAUCUUUGUAAUGCUUGUAUCUUGUUUUGUUGUUGUUGCUGUUGUAGAUUAUGACUUGUUUAAAAUAAAAUUCAUCUUUCUUUGA